CUUCACCGAUCAGCUUUCAUGAAAUGAACGGAGCUCCGACUCCAACGCGGUACCUGUUUCUCUGUUUACAUCCAAGUGGCAGCCGCACCUGUAGGUACUUUUUAAUUAAGGUAACGAUGUGUUAGAAUAAUAGACCGCAAAGCAAAAUAAUCUGUGGCGGAUCCACAGUGCGAGCUGUUUCACUGAGUCCCUUCCAACCACAAGAAAGACUGAGUGCCAACAUGCAGAAAGUCAACACAGCUGGAUACCAGACUGACUGCUUUGUGGGGGAAAAGGCUGUGGCCUCGCAACUGCGUAAAAGAACACUAUGCCCUACAGUGACGAACUUCAACAAUGGCUCGGAGGCCAGUUGUGGCUCUGAUACCAAGGACGAGCUACACAUUGUGGAGGACGACAGCCUGCAGGAGCCUGAGGUCACCAAAGCUGAUGGGACCACGGCGCAGGACAGCCAUGAUGCCACCACAACAGUAUUACCCCACAAUGGCUCGUUGAACGGAGCAGUGUCCUGUUUCAGACUCGCACAGCAACAAAUUCACUGCUGGGAGUGGCCCAGUACACCCACAGGCGUACACAAGCUGUCCCCACACAGCUCUGCUGCAGCACCGUCUGUGUGAAAGACUCAUGUUUUUUUAUUGUUUGUUAUGACAGCAGUAGGAGUUAACCAUUUACUGCUCUGCUUUACACAACAUGCUGCACUAUAACGAUAAAAUAGAUGCUUG